AGAAUUUAACCCGGAAAAAAAUCAUGAGUUUCGCUCUUUAAACCGGAAGAAAUAUAACAGUACUUCCGGAAGCUUGAAUGCAGCAAAGAUGGCGAGUGGUGGCUUUUCUGUGGCUGCGCUAUGGACCGAAGUGAAUCGCUUUGGACAGAACGGAGAUUAUACCCGGGCGCUGAAGUCUGUCAAUAAAAUCCUUCAGGAGUGUAAAGAUGAUGUGACUGCACUGCAGUGUAAAGUGGUUUGUCUGAUCCAGAGUGGCAGCUUCAAAGAGGCCCUGAAUGUGAUUAACACCCACACAAAGGUGCUGGGAAGUGAUGUCAUCACUUUUGAGAAAGCUUACUGCGAGUACCGACUAAACCGCGUUGAAAGUGCCCUGAAGACUAUCGAAAAUGCUUCUGAACAGACUGACAAACUGAAGGAACUCUACGGCCAAGUGCUCUACAGACUGGAGCGCUACGGCGAGUGCCAGGCCGUGUACCGAGACCUCAUCCGGAACUCUCAGGAUGAGUAUGAGGAAGAGCGCAAGACGAACCUGGCUGCAGUGAUGGCAGCCCUCAGCACCUGGGACAAGGCUUCCCCAGAGGACCUUGGGCUAACAGAGACUACAUAUGAGCUGUGCUACAAUGCUGCAUGCACUCUCAUUGGCCAAGGCCAAUUGGGAGAAGCCAUGAAGAAGCUGAGGAAGGCUGAGGAGCUUUGCCGGCUGUCCUUGUCAGAGGAUUCUGACAUGACGGAGGAGGACAUCGACUUGGAACUCGCCGUCAUCCAUUCCCAGAUGGCGUACAUCAUGCAACUGGAGGGUCGCACAGAGGAGGCACUGCAACUCUACAACCAAGUGAUUAAACUGAAACCUACUGAUGUGGGCCUACUGGCUGUUACUGCCAACAACAUCAUCACAAUAAACAAGGACCAAAAUGUGUUUGACUCCAAGAAGAAGGUGAAAUUGACAAAUGCCGAAGGUGUCGAACACAAACUGACGAAGAAGCAGCUGCAGUCCAUUGAGUUCAACAAGGCUUUGCUAGCCAUGUACACAAAUCAGGCUGACCAGUGCAGGAAGCUGUCCUCUAGUCUUCAGACCCAGAACCCAGGCCACCCGCGCCCGGUGCUCAUCCAGGUGGCCCAGCUGUGUAAAGAGAAACAGCAUUCAAAGGCCAUUGAGCUACUACAGUAUUUCUCCGAGCAGCACCCUGAGAGUGCAUCUGAAAUCAAACUGACCAUGGCACAACUGUAUCUCAUACAAGGACAUGUGACAAAAGCAUGUGACAUUUUGAGGUCUAUAGAAGAGUUUAAGCACAAGCCAGGAAUGGUUUCUGCGUUGGUCACAAUGUACAGCCAUGAAGAAGACAUUGACAGUGCAAUAGAUGUCUUAACUCAAGCCAUUCAACACAACCAGGUGGAGGAGCCGGGUUCAUCCGCUCAUUUAUCACUGGUUCGUGAGGCUGCUGACUUCAAGUUGAAGUACGGCAGGAAGAAGGAUGCCAUCAGUGACUUGGAGCAGUUGUGGACUCAGAACCCAAAAGACAUUCACACCCUGGCUCAGCUGAUCUCGGCCUACUCUUUGGUUGAUCAAGAAAAAGCAAAGGCCUUAAGCAAGCACCUCCCAUCUCCUGACAAGAUGUCUUUCAACAUUGAUGUGGAUGAGCUGGAGAACUCGCAUGGGGCGACAUACGUCAGGAAGAAGGCGGCAAAGGUUGUGGGUGACAAUGCAGCCAAAGAGCAUGGGCAAGGAGAGGUUAAGAAAAAAAAGAAGAAAAAGAAAGGUAAACUGCCAAAGAACUACGACCCCAAAGCAACCCCAGAUCCUGAGCGGUGGCUCCCGAUGCGGGAGCGCUCCUACUACCGAGGCAGGAAGAAGGGCAAGAAGAAGGAGCAAGUGGGCAAGGGGACGCAGGGUACCACCUCUGGGUCCUCCGCCGACUUGGAUGCCAGCAAAACUGCCAGCAGCCCUCCCACCUCCCCGCGCCCGGGUUCCACGACGACAGCCUCCAGCGGGGUGGUGCCACCGCGACAGCAGAAGCCUGCUGCCCCAGGGGCGACGCGCAAGAAGCCCCAGCAGAAGAAGAAGAAGGGUGGAAAGGGGAGUUGGUAGAGUUUAGGUGGGGGCCUCCCAGCUGGUUCCGCUGCAACAUAGGUGAAGGACAUGUUGGUCAUGAAUUUUAUGUCCUUAUUUUAAAUGCCCAGAUAACCUUUUGUUGUCUUUUCACUGCACAGAAAGCAUAGAGGAAUAACACCACCUUGUAACUGAGUUCCCACCUCUUUUGAAGACACAGUUUAUUAUUACACUCUCAAUAGAAAACAUAAAAUGUAAUUUGUAAAUUUUUUGACAAAAGUAUUUUUGGCAGGUAAAAAUGUAUUGGACUUGAUGUGUCCUGUUGUGUGUCCUAGCCUUUCAUUAAACACUUGCAGAUGGAAUAUAAAUUGGUCCUUUUGCUUGUUCAUUGUUAUAAAUCUGGUUUGACUUUUUUUUUUUUUUUUUUCCUCCUCUGUGUAAAAAGCUGUGAUGGUACAAUUCUAAAUAUUUUUGAUUUGUGCGUUACAGUCCCUGUAAGUAUAACUUUGGAAAUGUAACAUCUUACAGGAUGUUGUACUGUCUGCAAUUUGUAUUAGGAAUCAAACUUUAUAAACUGGAAGGUGAGAAAACAGGAAACUCCUGCGUUGAACUUGGAGCACAAAGGUAAUAAAACUGGAUCCUUGACAAA